CUUGACCAUAUCAGGUUGGAAGUGACCGUCUCUUCUGGCUCUUGGUUCCCAUGGGCAGUGUGCUGGCCUUGUCCUCUCGCCCGGGGCGUCAGAAUUCCCCUUUUCCUCAGGACAGACCCAUAUUAAGGUGGGACAAAAGAGAUGGAAGGCUACCAAACCCAGGCAGCUUUGAUGGUCUUCAUCGAAGCUGCAAAGAUGUAUUUCCACAGCAGGUUGAAGGAGUUAAAAUGCUCAUAAACAAAACCCUCAGCAGCUUUUUCAAGGUCAGCCACACAUUUCACCUCAGUGCUGUUGCACCAUCGAUUUACCGCUUCCACGUAGAGCAUCUACAGUCAGAUACAGAAAGCAAAGAAACAGGUUCUCCCAUGCUGAUUGGGGAAAUGGACUCUUCGGGCAGCCUGAACGCUCACUCUUUAUUCCACCUGAGUGAACGAGUAAAAGCCAAAGCGGUGUUUCAGACUGUGCAGUCCCAGUUCGUAACGUGGCAGUUUGAGACCGAGUACAGGGGCAGCGACUUCACUGCUGCCAUCACAGUGGCCAAUCCGGACAUCGUAAGAGAGUCUGUUAUCAUGGUGGCUCACUUCCUCCAGAGCGUGUCUCCACAGCUGGUUCUCGGGGGCGAGCUGGUGUAUCACAGAGGGCGAGCCGAAGAAGGCGGCAUCCUGACCCUCGCCGGACAAUACUCAGGACCCAACUGGGUAGCCACAUUAAAUGCUGGUAAAGGAGGCGCCCAUGCUAGCUACUAUCACAAAGCGAACAAGCAGAUUCAGGUGGGAGUGGAGUUUGAGGCCAGCACUAGAACCCAAGAGACCAAAUUCUCUUUCGGAUACCAAAUGGAUUUACCCGAAGCCAACAUGGUCUUUCGAGGAAUGGUGGACAGUCGGUGUAUCAUCGGGGGUGUUCUGGAAAAACGCCUGUGCCCUCUUCCGGCUACAUUAAUCAUGGGAGCCUUUGUCAACCACAGAGGAGACAAGCUGCAGGUCGGCCUCGGGGUGAACGUUGGCUAAAUCUCAGGACUAAAGGGAAAGUUCCGGAAACUCCUCAGGUCUGUCCAGCCGAACUGAAAGGAAGCUGUUCUGCCAAUCCGGGAUAUUUUCUGGCAUGUUAAAGGAAUUUACAGAAAAAACACCUCCAUGCUGGGACUGUCCUUCUUCAAAUAAUGAGACCUUCCUGACCAACAGCUCAGUCGUUCCAAGUCCUCAGUUGUUCCUAAACUACAGUGAACAAUGACUGUACGAAAAAGAAUGAGUGCUUGGGGAAAAACCUGAAGGUCUAUGAAGCGCAAUGCAGUUUUUCUCACCUACUUUAUUUUCCUGAUCAUGAUCACUAUAAUUUUAUAUGCAGUGCAACGUAGGAACCACUCUGACAACAGGAACGACUGACGGAACUAUUAGCCG